GUGUGCCGCCCGCGCCGUUCGCGACUACCGCCACCGCCGCCGCACCAGUGUGCGCGCCUUUUUAACACCAGUUCAUCUCACGUCGGUUCGACUCUCCGUCGCCGUCUCCACUCUCGCGAUCUAUUUUAUUUUUUUUAAUUUUUUUUUUUUUUUUUUUUAUCGUUUUCGUUAUUUUUUGCCCCCGUGCGAUCGUACGACCUCGAGUCGUAGAUAUAUUUCUCGUCCUUUUCACCCUCCCCCGGACCGCAGGCCGACACCGCAAACUCAAAGCCGCGGACCUUUUUUUCGUUUGGUCGCGGAAACACGCAAAGUCUAUAAUACCGUUUCCGAUCGUAUUUAUUAAUCUCGCGCAAUAUUAUUAUUAUCGCCGCCGCCGCCGCCGCCGCCGCGUCCGCUUUUGAGAAUAACUGUUUACACCAGUUCGCCGCGUGUUUGUCGAUAUCGGUCUCUCGUGAAUGGAUUACUACGCGGAGACGACAGCGUUGUUUUGAGUACUUCUAUUGAAAUAUAUAUGCAAUGAGGCAUUCAACAGCUGGCGGCGUGGAGGAAUGUGUUUACCGGCGAACUAGUUGCAACCAUGGCUUGUUGGCCAGAAGCAGUUCGGACUCGGAUUUGGCCGUAGUGACGACUGGAUAUCCUGGCAGCCUGGAUGUCGAAGCGUACGAGGAUGAGGAGGAAGAGGAGGAGGACGGCGAGGACUCCGAGGACGAUAGGGACGACGACGAUGACUGUAUGGGAGCGGAACACAAUCAGCAAGAAGAGCUACCGUAUCCAGGAUUCGUAUCCAUAUCGAUGAAAUACCUGGACCAGAAGUCUAGGCCCCGAAAUUGGUGUUUGGCCAUGAUCACUAACCCGUGGUUCGAGAGGGCGAGCAUGCUAGUUAUACUGCUGAAUUGUGUUACUUUGGGCAUGUAUCAACCGUGCGUGGACGAUCAAUGCAUAACGAGAAGAUGCAGAAUUCUACAAGUGUUCGACGACUUCAUAUUUGCAUUCUUUUCGCUAGAAAUGAUUGUGAAAAUGAUCGCAAUGGGAGCGUACGGUCCCUGUACUUACCUCGCAGACUCCUGGAACAGACUAGAUUUUUUCAUCGUUAUCGCAGGUGCUCUGGAGUACUGUUUGAACGUGGAAAACAUAAAUUUCUCUGCCAUACGAACAAUAAGGGUGCUGAGGCCGCUUAGAGCCAUCAACAGGAUUCCAAGUAUGCGCAUAUUGGUCAUGUUGCUUUUGGACACUUUGCCAAUGUUGGGUAAUGUGCUGCUGCUGUGUUUCUUCGUGUUCUUCAUAUUCGGUAUCAUUGGAGUGCAACUAUGGGAAGGCAUACUUCGACAAAGGUGUUUCUUGAAACCGCUACCAAAUGUCACUUAUCCCAAGAUGUUGCCGGCAUACUAUACGCUGAACGACGAAGAAAAAGAUUACAUUUGUUCGAAAAACGACGACAACGGCAUGCACUCGUGUUUCGACUUGCCGCCCACGCGCGGUCACGAUGCGCUGAUUUGCAACGCCACGGCCAACAUGGCACUCGGCAACGGGUCGUGUGUCAACUGGAAUCACUACUACACGGAGUGCAAGUCGCAGGGUGAGAAUCCGUUCCAGGGCACCAUAUCGUUCGACAAUAUCGGCCUGGCCUGGGUGGCCAUAUUCGUUGUCAUCAGCUUGGAAGGAUGGGUAGACAUAAUGUAUUACGUCCAAGACGCUCAUUCAUUCUGGGACUGGAUUUACUUCGUGCUGCUCAUCGUGAUCGGAUCAUUUUUCAUGAUAAACUUAUGUUUAGUGGUCAUAGCCACACAAUUUUCCGAGACAAAAAAGCGAGAAAUGGAAAGAAUGAAAAUGGAACGAGCUCGUUUCCACUCGACCAGCACACUGACCUCGUCGACAAACAACUCCGAGCCAUCGUCCUGUUACGCCCAAAUGGUGAAGUACGUCGCUCAUCUGUGGAGGCGAGGCAAGCGGAAACUGAUCAAAAAGUAUCGGGUGUGGAUGCUGCGACGGCAAACCGAAAGGGAGGAGAAGGCGCAGCGGCAGAACGCCACCACCGUCGCGCUCCUAUCGCUCAACACUAAUAACAACGACAAAAACGUUAAUUUUAUAGAAACAAACGAUAAUAAGUACGGAAAUGGUGCAAAAAAUGGCGAUGAAGAAUCGUCUCAGCCAAUGCUCCGGUUUAUGGAUAACGCUCAAAUCGAUUCGAGCGGGAACCUUCUAAGUCCGGGGUCGACAUCCAGCAACGGCGGAAUCGUGUCAAGGAGACGGAGCGUCGUAGUGGCUUUCAGCGACGAACUAAUUACCAGGAGUGGUCCCACCACUACCGCCGCCGCCGCCGCCGCUGCCGCCGCUGCUGCCGCUGCAGCUGCCGCCGCCGAUGCCGGCACUUCGUCCGCCGCGGUAACGACGUCCACUGCCUCCACCGCCGCCGCCUCGGCAAACGUCGCACUUUGUUCGACCGAGAAGACGACGCAGACGGUCGAUGGGACAGCGUGGAACACGUCUUCCUCCGUCAAUACCACCAUAGUAGCACUGAAUAACGCCGUGGCGGACUCCGACGAGCAGGACAUGACGUGCCAGGAACUUUUAGCUAUCAGCGGUGCCCUGUCGGCAGCAUUGCCCACUGGACAAUCAGCUCUUACAUCGCUGCUAAAGGCACUCGGCAAGACUGGAAGCUCGUCCGUGGCAACCAUCGUGCAAAAUGUGAACCGCACCACCAACAACAGCAACAUCCAUAACAAUAACAACAACAACCACAGAAACAACAAUAGAACGAAACGUCACGCGCUUAUGGACAGGCAAUCGGAUGGUGAACUGAUGAUGGACAAUGACCAUUUGGAGAGUAAAAACAAAGCGUGCCUCACCGACGCGGUGGGUUGCCUUCAGAUUUAUUGUCUGGUGGGUUGUUCCCUGUUGAGAGAGUGUAUAAAGCUCCUUGUCAACCACAGACGGUUCCAGCAGUGCAUUUUGUUAGCAAUACUUAUCAACACGCUCAGCAUGGGCAUAGAGUACCACAAUCAGCCUACCGAGCUCACUGUAAUUGUGGAAUAUAGCAAUAUUGUUUUUUCUGCGAUAUUUGCCGCUGAGAUGUUUUUGAAAGUAAUCGCCGAGGGGCCGUGCGGUUACAUCAGUAAUGGUUUCAACGUAUUCGAUGGAAUCAUUGUCAUAUUAAGUAUAGUGGAAUUGACGCAGUCGUUCGAAAACACUAGUGGACAACGGGAAGGCAAUUCGGGGUUAAGUGUGCUGAGAACAUUUAGACUAUUAAGGAUAUUGAAACUUGUUCGAUUUAUGCCAAACCUACGUCGUCAACUGUUUGUCAUGCUCCGUACAAUGGAUAAUGUCGCAGUGUUUUUUUCACUUCUAAUUUUGUUUAUCUUCAUAUUCAGCAUUCUCGGAAUGUAUCUUUUCGGUGGUAAGUUUUGCAUGUACGGGAAUGGAGCCCGGGAAUGCAACUGCAAAGAAAUUGUCACUAAACAUCCCCUGUGCGUCUGCGAUCGAAAACAUUUUAAUAAUGUAUUAUGGGCAACAGUCACCGUCUUUCAAAUUCUAACACAAGAAGACUGGAAUAUAGUGUUGUUUAACGGAAUGGAAAAAACGAGUCAUUGGGCUGCUCUUUAUUUCGUGACGCUGAUGACUUUCGGCAAUUACGUGCUGUUCAAUUUACUUGUAGCAAUUUUGGUUGAAGGAUUUUCUUCAGAGCGAAAUGAACGCAGAGAAAGAGAACGUCGGGAGCUCGAGAGGCAACAACAAUCAUCGUGGUGCAAAUGCACCUGUUCGUGUUAUGGCGAUGACAAAGGGGAUUGUGAAAUGUGUACAGAGAAAAAAAGCCUAAAUGGAAAACCAAAUACUGAGUUAAAAAUCGAAAACCCAAACAGAGACAUUAUAACCAAUAAAUGUAAUACACACAAGGACACUUCAUUAGUAAUUGCUCCACCUCCGCCGAUAAUUACACAUACAGCGGCCACACCGCAAGACUCGCCAAAUGCCGCUCACGAAUCAAGGGAUUUUCGGCGAUUUCAGUCACUAACACCGUAUACAUUUUUGCCGUUUGACACAAAUGGAAGCGGAUUUUCGAUUGAUUCAAUUGACUGUUCAGUGCGUUCGUCAACAAAUAGCUUGCAGAGUGUUUCUAAGUUUCCUAAAAUCAACAACAGAACUCCGCAGAUCUCCAGUCCACAAAAGUUAGUAGUGAAUCAAAGUUUUGAAACUAUACCGGAAGACAUUUCUUAUAGUGGAGAAAAUGGUGAAAAACUUCAAAGACGGUAUUCGUGGAAAAUUUCGAGACCCUCAUUGAGGCGAAAAUCAAAAUUUAGUAAUGUAGAAUGUGAAAGUGAUGAUCAAGGAAUACUGGUUUUGAACAACAAUAGCCAUUCAGUGAAUUCAAGUGUUGGACAAGACCACUCUCAAUGUAAUGGCGGCGUUUCCAAAAGUCCAUCGCCAAAUUUCCGUGCAACAAACAAUAUGUUGUCCGAUUAUAAUACUAUUGAAAAGUCUCCAUCCACUGUACAACAGAGCACAGUCAAUUACGUUCUGGCCAGUUGUCAGUACGACUGCUGCCAGCCGUGCGACACAGAAGGAUGCGCCGGGCCGGCCGACGAAAAGUCGUCUGAACCAUGUUGCGACUGCGACGCUGAGUCUAGCACGGCCAAGGUAAACGUCCGCAAGGUGUUCUAUUUCUUCGAGGAGAAGGGUUGGCUCAAGGACCGAGCCGAAUAUUCGCUGUACAUAUUUCCGCCGGAACAUGGUUUCAGGCAAUCAUGUGGAAAGUUCAUCAAACAAAAAUGGUUCGACAACGCAGUGCUUACGUUUAUAGCAUUGAACUGUAUUACGUUGGCCAUGGAGAGACCGAACAUACCGCCGGACAGCAACGAGAGGACGUUUUUGGGUACGGCCAAUUACGUUUUCACCGUGGUGUUUGCGCUCGAGAUGUUUGUCAAAGUCGUAGCCGCGAGCAUGUUCUACGGCAGUGAACCAUAUUUCAAGUCUGGUUGGAACAUUAUGGACGGAUUACUCGUAGUAGUGUCCAUCAUCGAUUUACUCAUGUCACUGAUCUCCGAAAGCAGCCCAAAAAUAUUUGGAAUACUGAGGGUGUUUAGACUGUUAAGAUCGUUAAGGCCAUUAAGAGUGAUCAACCGAGCCCCGGGCCUAAAAUUAGUUGUACAGACUCUGCUGUCAUCGUUGAGGCCAAUAGGCAAUAUUGUACUGAUUUGUUGUACAUUUUUCAUAAUUUUCGGUAUUUUAGGAGUUCAACUUUUCAAAGGAACCUUUUUUCACUGUGAAGGCCCUAAUAUCAAACACGUGCGUGAUAAAAAGGAAUGCCUAGCUGACAAGAAAAACACGUGGGUCAAUCAAAAAUAUAAUUUCGACGAUCUAGGCAAGGCGUUGAUGUCUUUAUUCGUGCUGUCGUCCAGAGACGGUUGGGUAAACAUCAUGUACACGGGUCUGGACGCUGUGGGAGUUGAUCAACAACCGAUUGAAAACUAUUCGGAAUGGCGACUUUUGUAUUUCAUAUCGUUCAUACUGCUAGUUGGGUUUUUCGUGCUUAACAUGUUUGUUGGCGUGGUGGUGGAAAACUUUCACCGGUGCCGGGAAGAACAAGAAAAAGAAGAACGAGUCCGGCGAUUGGCCAAACGGGCAAAGCAAAUGGAAAAAAAGCGGAGAAAAAUGCACGAACCGCCAUAUUAUAGAGAUUACAGCAGCGCCAGGCUAUUGGUGCACAGCGUAGUCACGUCUAAGUAUUUCGAUUUGGCCAUCGCUGCUGUUAUUGGUCUUAAUGUGGUCACGAUGGCACUAGAAUUUUACAUGAUGCCUAAAGCGUUAACAUACGCGUUGAAAAUAUUCAAUUAUUUUUUCACCGCCGUGUUCAUACUAGAGUGCGUGAUGAAAAUGUUGGCACUGGGACUUCAGCUCUACGUGAAGGACAAAUGGAAUAUAUUGGACAUUGGCAUCGUCAUAUUGUCCAUAGUGGGUAUCACGUUGGAAGAAUUAGAAUCUAAAAUCAUACCGAUUAAUCCGACCAUCAUCCGAGUGAUGAGAGUGAUGAGGAUCGCUAGGGUUUUAAAGUUACUGAAAAUGGCUAAAGGAAUAAGAGCUCUUUUAGAUACUGUGAUGCAAGCAUUACCACAAGUGGGAAAUUUAGGACUUUUGUUUUUUCUAUUGUUCUUCAUAUUCGCUGCAUUGGGUGUGGAAUUAUUUGGAAGACUCGAGUGCAGCGACGAGCACACGUGCCAAGGCCUGGGCGAACACGCUCACUUCGGAAACUUCGGCAUGGCAUUCCUAACGCUGUUCCGGGUGGCCACUGGUGACAAUUGGAACGGCAUCAUGAAGGAUGCACUCCGCGAGGACUGCGAUAACGCGGCGGACUGCGUGAAAAACUGUUGCGUGGCUGACGGCAUAGCGCCCAUGUUCUUCGUUAUAUUUGUGCUGAUGGCGCAGUUCGUGUUGGUCAACGUAGUGGUCGCUGUUCUCAUGAAACAUCUCGAAGAGUCUCACAAACAGAUGGAAGACGAAAUGGAUAUGGAAGAUCAAUUGGAGAGAGAAAUGGCUGCAGAGGAAGAAGAACAAUUGGUUCAAAUGGCCUUAGACCACGAGUACUCGAUUCAAAAUCCUUUAUGCAAAGAGUUUUCGCUACCCGCCGACUUUACCUUUAAAAGUUUGCCGCCUUCACCUCUAUACCAAAGUCAAGGACGACGGUUUUCAUUUAACUCUUGGAGUGGUAGGAUGGCGGAACCUACCAUCGUGCCAUCACAAAGGAGACGUCAGACCGUCCAGGAGUCAAACAUGCUCGUUCCUCCGGCACUUAUGCCAACUUUUAUGAUUCCUCAUUUCGAAUCCAGGAAUCGGAAGAUGUCCUUGAGCGCACAACCACGGAAUGAUGUCACUCGUAGAGACAGCGUCCGGAGUUCCGGUUCGCAGCGGCCGGCGACGGACCAACUGGACGCCGCCGGUCAACAGCAGAAGCAACAACUGCAACCGCUGCAUCAACUGCAACAGUUCACGGACUGGCAGUCAUCAGCGAACCAGGUGAAGCUGCAGGCGAGGUGCGUCUCGGAAGCGAUCGCCGGCAGUCAAGCAACCGGAAGCGGAAGUAGACACUCGAACCGCGGAGAUCCGGUGGCCGCGGCCAAGACCAACAAUGCUGCCGCCGCAACGCUGCUGACCGUACCAGCGACGCCCAAUCCAAACGCGCUGGCUCCUCCGCCGCCGACUCCGCCGCCGUCGCUGUCCCGGUCGUACGUCACACUGGCCAUACCCGAGGAGUGCGCCGUCGACGUGCCACUGUUGCGGUCUCGUUUCCCACUGGUUAGGCGGCCUGAAGACCCGACCUCGUCCGGUGCGACCGCCGCUGCUGGUCCGGUCAACACGCUUGACGUGCGGAUCGAGGCGAACGUCAAAAGAAAGACCUGAGCAGCCCCCGGCUGACACUAUCGAUAUAAUGAUACUGUUAUUAUUAUUAUUAUUAUUAUUAUUAUUACUAUUAUUGUUAUCAUCGUUGUCCUCGUUAACGUUAUCAUCGUCGUCGUCGUCAUUAAUAUUAUUUUAAUUAUUACGAAAUUCGCAUCUCCCUGUGUAGAUUAUCAUCAUUUUUGCAAUUUUAUCGCGUGUAUGCAGAGCUCUCAGGGCCAUAUACAUUGGUCACCAAAAAAUGUGCCCGCUACAGAGAAUAGCUAACAUCACUUAUUGUCAAUAGUGAUUUCGGAAUCACUUAUAUUAUUAAACACAAUAAUGGCAUACAUCUGUCUAUGGUCGGGUGUUGUUAAUUGCGUCGAAUACUUAUUAGACUACUUGUGGGUACCUACCUAUUUUUAACGUCAUUGAAUAUAAUGCGGUAAAUUAAAAAUGAAUUAUAGCAAAAUAUUAUAAUACAGAAAAUCAAAGGAAAAUCGAAUUAUCGUACUAUCAAAAAAUAAUGACUUUUGCGUAAAUUAAAAAAAUAUAUUACACUACCCAAAAGUUAUAUACGAACAAGGCCGCGACGAAGAUGUAUAACCCGUCAAUCGGUCAAUCCUUUAAGUUAUAUGAAUCGUAAAUAAAGGUGGUCUUCGAGAUAACUAUAAUUUUGACAAAACUAGAAGAUCCGAAUUAAAACAUAUUACAAAAUAUAUAAAAGUAUACUUUAAGUUUCACCUAAAAUCUAUAUGUAACCUUUUUUAUGCUGUUUAAUUUAUUUUUUACCCAAAACGAUUUUAUUUUGCACAAAUUAUGUACAUAAGAAAUUUCUGGUAGUUGGUGCCUGUGAAACGUGAUUUUUACAAGGCGUUUGUUUAUCGAAAGUUACCACCACGCGCUAGUCCGUCGAGUACUGCUCGCGUUUGAGGGACGUGUCUAUAAUACGUAAUCCAACAACGCGUAGGUAUACAUAUUGUAUUUCACACCUGUUCUGAUAGUUUCUCGUCGUCACGAAUAAGUUAUAAAUAUAUAUUAUAAUAUUUUCCAAUAUAUUAUAAUUUAUAAUAUUUUUAUCGACCUAAAAUGUUUCGGUUUUAAUCCUCGAAUUCGUGCUCGAAUAAUAAAUAUACUACCAAUACCUGCAGCUAUUUAUUAUAAUCCGAUCAUCCUAUAUUGUGAUAACAAGUAUUAUUUAUGACUAUGUAAGGGGAUUUAUGGAUUCCGCCAAAACAUUUUGUUUUGGAAAAAUGUAUGUAUCGACUCCAUAGUCUUGAAUUUAUAUAUAAAAAAAAUUGUAAAAAUCAGUAAAUCAGCCAUACUUAGACUGAAUUUAACGUAUUUUACUGAAUUUUUAUAUUAAAAUGAUUAAUUUUUAUUAUUAUAUAUUAGUAUAAUAUAUAAUUUAAAUCAUGAUGAAUAUGAUAUAGGAACAUUAUACAAUUAAUUUAGAAUAUAAUUAGUAUUUAAUUCAUGUUAAAAAUAUUCAAAAUAAUGAUUUAUAUGGUAUAGUUUGGUAUAGAUACGUUAUUCAACGAUCCAUAUUGCCAUCACUUUUAUACCUAUCCUAAAAUUAUUUUAAAUAUUGAUAUAUUAUAUACGUAUAUUUCUUUUAAGACUCGGUGGAAUCAAUAACCAAUGGAGUCAAUACAUGGGACAUUUGAUUAAACAUAAUAAAAUAUAGCCAGCGGAGUCGAUACAAAUUUUAUGAAAUAAAUGUACCGUCAGACAUGUCAAAAAUAAUUUGAUUAGUUUGUACUUCGCCAAAACGCGUAAUUUAUUGUAAUAUUAUUAAUCGUAAUUUUAAGUGUUUCCUGAUGAAUUUUAUUUCUAUGGGUGUUUUUAAACAUUAAAUAAUUUAAUAAUUAUCAUAAACCUCGGUAAAGAUAAACGAACAAAAAAGAGUAGGUAAAGUUAUUAUUUCAAAAAUAUAAUUGAUUCUCUGAAACUAUUUUCUUUACUUCAUACUAUGAUAAUCAUUAGCUAUUAGAAAAAAAACAUUACCAAAUCAAUUUUUAGAUAAGUCGUUUUAUGAAAUAUAUAUACCCAUAACAAUUCUAGACAAUUAGAUAGAUAACAACUGUUUAAUUCUUUCAAGGACUUGAAGAAAUAUUAACUUUGUUAUGUUGUAUUGUCUUAGCGACAAAUGUGUGAAAAAUUAAGGUGUUCAAAAUUAGCGUCAAGCAUUCUUUUAUGUUUAUUAUUGAUAUUAAUCUUUUUAUAAAUAAUUUUAAUGCAAUUUUUAAAAAAUCAACUAUUAUUAUAUUAAUGUAGUAAUUCAUUGAUAGAACUAACAAAUUAAAUUAUUUUAAUUAAUAAUUUCAAAAAUACAAUCCGUUAAUUACGAAAUACAAUUACAAAAUAAUUUACCAAUAAAAAUACGUGAUUUCUUUGGGUCGUGAUUGUCUAAAAACUAUUACUUAGUUCUAGCGAUUUAACUGCGUUGUUUAAUAAUUCAAAACUUUUCUGAAUAAAUUUCUUGAUAUCCUAUAACAUUUAAUAAAAUCAAAGUAUAAAACUAAAAUUCGUAUUACUUAAAGGAACCCGUUUGUCUGUUUGUUGUUACUUGAUAAUAUGUAAUAUGUAAAAAAAUAAUAACACUAUGUCAUGAAACGAUUUCGAAAUUAACACAACACAAUGUCCUAAAAUUCAAAAACUCAAGUUUGUAAAUUAUUUCUAUAAAAAUGUAUUUAAUUAACUCGUUUGGUUUUACUUAUGAUAUAAAAUAACGUGAACAACGUAAACACAAUACAUGUAUAUAAAUAUAUAUUUUUAAAGUAACAUAUUAUAUAUUUAUUUUAUAUUUGUUAAUACUUAAUAUUAUAAAUUAUAAAAUUAUAACUAUAGAUAAAAUUAGUCGUUUCAAAUAGAAAUUCAAUAAUGUAACUAUGCAAUUUGUAACUGUAUAUAAUUGUAAAUCUAAUAGAGCAAAAUAAUAAUAAUAUGUGAAUAUUCAUAUUUAAUACAUAGAUUAAUACGUGCAUGUCAUUCUAAUAACCAUACACCGCCAGUGUUGUUUUUCUAGAUUGUUAUCGAACACAAAAGCAUACGAAUAUAAUUUCUAAUAAAACAUCAACAUUCAAUGUAUGGUAAUCGAUUCAAAACUCAUUAUAGGUAGGUAUAAUAGUCAUUAGGUACCUACAUAACAAGUAUACGCGAGUCCGUCAAAACAAUCACACUUGAAAUACAAAUCAAAUGGAUUCCAGCGUCCAAAUAGUAUUAUAGGUAUCACAACAUCGAUUUAAGCCGUGUAUUAACGUAAAACCGUUUACAGCCGACGAAAUAGACAUAGGUAAUUCAUAAAACGGUUUAGUGGGGGCGCUUUUUUUUUUAAUUCAUUUAAUUUUGUCUGGCCCGAUGAUUCAAACUACUUAUAAUAAUAUGUACCCUGCAAAUCGCGAUCACUGGCAGGAGAUACCUCUACCGCGUGCGAACAAUUUAAUUUUUAUAAUAAUGACAUUCUAGGUAUUAGGUAGUGAUAAUAUAACAAUAAAAUAUGUUAUUGUGUUAUUGGACGUUUAUUUUCGAUUAUAGAAUAUAAUAUAAUAGUCAAUUUCUUUAUUACGAUGUACCUUCCUAGUGAAAGUAUUGAUUAAUAUUAUAAUAUUAUUAUAUGCUACGUCGAAUCUGUGAUAAAGUCAAAUUUUUAGAUACCUAUCGCCUUCAUAUGUAUCUAAAUAUAUUAUAUAGAGAGUGAUGCAUUUUAAAGGCAACGCUAGUUUUUUUAGUUAAAAACAAUUUUUGUGUUUUUGAUUUUUUAAUAUUAUUCAAAAUACUUUUAAUAAAAAUACUGAAAAAGUUCAGACUAUUAUAAAAACAUUUUUUUUUUCGAAAACACAAAAAAUCACUUGAAAAAUUAGUGUAGCCUGGUAAAUGUAUCUCACACUGUAAAAUGUAUAGAAAAUAAUAAUCUUUAUAAUAAAAUAUUAUAAUUACGCGAAUAUCUGAUUUUGUAUCGUUUUUUUUUUUCUAGAAAAUGUAAAAUCAAAAUCGUCCAAAUAUGAUAUUAUAUUAAUAUCUAAAUUUGUGUAAUUGUGUGUAUAUUAUUAUGUUUUAUUGUAUGUCUAGUCUUUAGAUAUUGAUUAGUGAUUUUCUAUGAGACUGCCUAUUUCUUAAGUAUAUAACUUUUAUUUAGCAUCUAUAAUAAUAAUUAUUAUAUCUAUAAUAUUAUUCCCCCGCUUGUAUUAAAUAACGUAAAUAUUUUAGUAGAGUGUAAUGAUUUACGCGUAAAAACUGUGUACAACUCUACUCUCUCUCUUUCUCUUUCUCUCUCUCUCUCUCUCUCUCUCUCUCUCUCACUCUCUCUCUCUCUCUCUCAAUCAAUCAAUCACUCUCCGUCGAGCUCUUUGUCUCUCUCUCAAACUGACUUAUUAUUAAUAUUAUUAUUAUUAUUAUUAUUAUUAUUAUUAUUAUUGUACAAUUAUUAUACUAUUACUACGUAUAUUAUUAUGUAUUAUUGACGAAUAGAAUACAUAUCUUUAACAAUUUUUGUAUAAUUAUAUAUAAAUAGAAUGUCUGAGUUAAGUGUUAUGUACAGUAAAACUCUUUGGUACCUACCUCGAACUUUCAACUCAAAAUGAUAAUAAUUCGUAAAAAUGAAUGAAUUCCCUUGAAACAUUUCCUAUCCAUACUCAACAUACCUCAUCGAUCGCCCUCGCAAGUUUCUAAUUAAUUUGUCUUAGAUUCUUUGGGGUUAUAGAUAUUCCGUUAUUAUUAUUAUUAUUAUUAUAACGUAUUUGGGCGUUACUGGCUUACUGCAUAUAAUUAUAUAAACUACUCGGAAAACCUAUAAUAUCAGACAACCCCAUACACAACGUUCAUAACUAAUAUAACCGUUGUAGGAGGUACUACAAUAGGCUAAUAUUUUACUGAUAUUUCAAAUUAUUAUUAUUAUUAUUAUUAUUUAUUACGUCUUUUAUUUUUCACUUACCUAAUUAUUACAGAGUAACAUAAUAUUGUCCACGAUAGGUUUUACGUACAAAAAAAUCAAAUUCUGGCUCACACAUAAAUUCGAUCAAAUAAAACCCAAGUCGAGUAGGGCAGUUGGAUGUCCCCCCCCCCAAAAAAAAAAAAAGGUCACAGUUAAUUAAACUAAAAACUUAAUACAUGAGCCGUUACGUUUACGCAUAAGUACAUUGAAAUGUAUCACUAUUUAUUUUUUCCAUUAAAUUUGUAAACAAUUAAUAACUAUAAUAAAUAGCAUCGGUAAUGUUUUGUAGACAGUGUUAAAUACAUUAAUACAUAAUAUAUACUUGAAUUUUGAAAUAUAACAAUUCGCAACUGUUGUUUACUUUAAUUUAUUAUGCAUUGAAUAUUAGUCUCUUUGUAUGUAUUAUAAUUCAGGUCAUAGAUAUACUAAAGAAAAGCGAGCUCACGUUGUAACUACAUUCUGUAUACCCGCGUUACGUAGUAUUUUAAUGAUUUAAGUAGAGAAAAAAUGUUUUCUUUCUCCCCACCUCCCUUAUACUAAAUGAAAAGAUGCAUAUAAUAUAUACAAAAGUUUCUCCUGUGGUUGAAACGUUAUUAUUAUAGGUAUAUACUAUUAUUAUUAUUUUUAUUACAAUAAUUCGUUCAUAAAUAAUAUAGGUAACUGUAACUUAAUAACUAUAGGUAUAUUAUAUUAUAAGACCAUAUUAUUAUUAUUAUUAUUAUUAUUAUUAUUAUUAUUAUUAUACAGUCCAUCCAACUAUUGUAACACUAUUGAUUCCGUAAAAAAAAUUGUAUGAUAAAAAAACCGCUAAUAUGGUUGUAUUGUACUUUAGAAAAACACGCUUGUUGUUAUAUAUAGUAUUCGUUCAUCGUUGAGAACAUUUUUAAUAAUUAUUCAGGAUUAAAAAUUUAAAAACAGUUUUGUAUAAAUAAAUAUAAUUUUUAAAUGUUAUUACAUAAUAUAUAAUAAUACUAUAUAAAA